AUGGCGUCUACAUCCAGUACUCCUACGCCGAAACGUAAGUUCGUACCGGAGCUUAUCGAAUCGACCAUAAAGUCGUCGUCGUCAUCGUCAUCGUCGCGCGCAUCGGCCAAGGAUAAGGAUGGAAACAAGACAGGGGGCUCUUCUACGCCCACGCCCAAGGGAACCAGCAGGUUUCGGCCUCAACUGAUAGAGACAACGAAGGAGACCGGCAGGAGAGCCGUGAAACAGAACAAAGACAGCGAGAAGAGGAGCGGUGGUGGGAGUGCCGGUGUCGGACAAAAGGAUGACGAUGCAGAUCGGCACAAGUCGAAGGAUGUUGCUAUGAGAACCCCAGACUCACCUCGGAAAUUCACACCUCAGCUUAUCGAGACGGGGAAACGCUCGUUUCGUCAGAAGCCGGCUGGCAGUCCUGCUCGUCGGAAUUUUGGUAGCAGCAGCAGCUGUCACCCAAACAACACUCUACGAUUCCGCGCCAUAGACGGCGAGUCACGAUACUCCCACGCGAGUCUGUCUCGACGCCAGAGUAGCAGACGGCAGUCCUUCCUAGUACCUACCCUCCCGGCCAUACCGUCCAACAGCAGCGAGGGCUCCGUGGCGUCGCCCACUUCCUCCCUCUCGACCUCGCCAACGAACUUCUCCAACGAGGGCGGCCAUCAGAAUGUGCAGGUUCACUAUCCGGACUCCUACACAGGCUCAUACCCAGACCACAUGUAUAACCUUCACUCGCGCCUGGUUACAGAAAAGCUAAAGGAUCAAGCUCUCGCGGCCUUUCCGAACGAGCAGGUCUACCAACCAGUUUCUCACUUUGCCAUUGACCGGGAAGAUAGCAACUCAGAGGAGGAGGAUGAUGACGACGGCAUGGAAACCGCCUUUAGACAGAUGUCAAUUGACCUGUCGAGGUUUCGGCGUGAGUCUACCGCCGAUCUCGCCUGGGAGCUGGAGGAGAUGCGACGUCACAAGGAGGAGUCGGAGAUGAGAAGUCGCGAACGCAUGUUUGCCGCGGCUAACAACACGUCCAAGUUCUCGGCGGCCGCGCUGGCUGCGCGAUAUAAGGAGGAAUGGGAGGGUCUCGAGACGGGUGGCUACGACAUCAUUGGCGGCUGGCAAAAGGGUGUCAACCUUGCGCCCAUGCGUGAAGCCGCUAGUCCACCAAUGCUGGGAGAUGAUAUAGUAUUCACCAAAUGUCUCUCUCCCAAAUCUACGAUGAUAGGAGUCGACCAACUUCCCACUCCCAUGUCGGAUCAGGGCAAGAAAUCUACCAACCGCUGCGAUGCAGGCGGACUAUGGACCGCGGAUACCGAUAUGUCGGACUGUGGCGAAAUCGGACUGUGGAACGGCACCUGCAAAAGGAAGUCCGCCAGCCAGUCCUGCGGCCGCUCACCAGAGAGCUCAUCAUCCCAUAACUCGGGCCUCAUUACGCCCGCUCCUGAACCCAUGGACAUUGUUCUACCGCCCACACCUACCUCUACUCCCGUUGGCUCCCUCAUUCAACCCUCGAAAGAGAUCUCUCCAGACCUAGUCACUCUCACCGCCAUGCCGGACGCCUCCUCCCCAGCUCCUCCCGCCAUCCUCAUCCAGGCCUACGAUCCGGAUCUCGAGCGCGAAAUCGACGCUGAAUUCAACGAUAGCUUCGUCACGCAGAUAUACAACUAUCUUUCCCUGGGGUAUCCAUGCUUGGCACGCGAUUUCGACGUGGAGCUAAGCAAGAUCACAAAUAUACCUGUCGAGACACUACGGAGUGAUGAUCGCCACGCUAAUGCAAAGGGAUACAUCGACCUACCGGAUUGUCGAACUGGUGCAUGCAAUACCAACACUGUGACGGCUCCAGGAUGCAUGCGCUGGAAUGCAUUGAAGCAGUAUAUCCACGAAUGGGCGCGGCAACAGCCUCGCUCAGGGGCAGAUAGGGCAGUUGACUCCUGGGGCGUCCCAGAGCGAAGGGGCAGCUGGGCUGUCUAA